UGCGCCUCUGUGUCACGUCCACUCCACGACGGCAGGUGGCAGCACCAGAGAGGGAGACACACACUCAACAUCCGUCAACAAAGCGGGAAACCAGGACGUUUGUGAUGCAUGUGUCCUAACCUCAGUGGGAGUAUUAAAAUGUUGAUUCCACAGUUUGAUCGCAGGGACCUUCAUCAGGAAACAUGUUCGUCAGAGAAAUGACGGGCCUAAGGGGAAUAUUCCUGAAAAGAGUCGCUCGGUGGUUCAGAGCAGACUUGACCUCCUGCAGAUGUUUCCACGCAGAGACAGUCAGACACCAGUCCAGCGACCUUCCCAUAAUCCACCACGCAGGGUACGUGUGCGACCUCCCCCCAAACCACAGGUUCCCCAUGAGCAAGUUCCCCCGAGUUUUACACUUCCUCAUAAAAGACCAGGUCAUCACACACAAACAGGUGUGGGAACCUGAAAUUGCCUCUGAAGAUUUACUGAGCUGUGUGCACACAGAAGAAUACGUGACCAACUUCAUACAAGGGAGAAUAAGUGAGCAAGACCAGCGGAAGACAGGCUUCUCCUGGAGCGAGGGCUUAGUGAGACGCUGUCGAUAUGAAACCGGUGGGACCCUCCUCGCUGCUGAAGUGGCUCUGCAGAGGGGUCUGGCCUGCAGCACAGCAGGAGGAACCCAUCAUGCUUUUCCGAGUUAUGGUUCAGGAUAUUGUCUCCUCAAUGAUUUGGCCGUAGCUGCCAAACACCUGAUGGGAAACUCUUCACCCAGGAGGAAGGUUCUGAUUGUGGAUCUAGACGUGCAUCAGGGCGACGGCACAGCUUUCAUAUUUAAAGAGGAGCCGUGUGUGUUUACAUUCUCAGUGCAUUGUGGGAAAAACUUCCCCCUCCGUAAACAACAGAGUGACCUAGAUAUCAGCCUGGAGGAUGGAUUGGAAGACAAGGACUACCUCUCCACAGUGGAGGCUCACCUUCCCUGGCUCCUGGAGUCUUUUCGUCCAGACCUGGUCCUGUAUGAUGCAGGCGUCGACCCUCAUUGGGACGAUGAACUUGGGAGGCUCCGCUUGACUGACCACGGGCUGUAUCAGAGAGAUCUGUAUGUGAUGAAGACUGUGGUGAGCAGAGGCGUUCCUGUUGCUGCUGUAAUCGGAGGAGGGUAUUCAAGAGACAUCGACAAACUGGCCCUCAGACACUCCAUCGUCCACAGAGCAGCUGCUCAGGUUUGGAGGGAGUGUGGAAUGUAAAACCUCCUCAAGGAUCCUCAAAGUCUGAUCUUUAGCAGCCAAUAUUAAUAUUUACCUCAUGAAUGUGCUUUGUAAACAGUAGAAUUAAAUACUGUACAUGCAACAGCCUUACAUUUUUAUUAAGAAUCGUGAAAAAGAUAAGAGACAAUGGACUUUAAGUAUAUUUCGGAAAUUGUAAUAUGUCAAGUUAUACAAUUUAAAAUGUGUAAUUAACUCUUUGACUUUGUUUUGAACUUGUUAUGGUUUAUUGGAACAAGACUCAUGGUGAUCAUGGUCAUUGAAGUCACUAAAAUGUUGUUCAACUUGCCGUUUACCUCAUCAUGACACUGCAUCAUUACCUCUGUGGUAGUAACAGUCU